AUGACAAAAGAAGCACGGCAGAAAUUUCUUGAAAUGCACAAUUCGUUAAGAAGUUCGGUUGCAUUGGGAGAGGCCAAGGAUGGAGCUGGUGGAAAUGCCCCGAAAGCGGCCAAGAUGAAGAAGAUGAAAUACGAUUGCAAAGUUGAAAAGACUGCAAUGAAAAACGCGAAACAAUGUGUAUUCAAGCACUCGCAACCUAACCAAAGGAAAGGAUUGGGAGAGAAUAUAUUUAUGUCUUCGGAUAGCGAUAUGGACAAAGCACAGGCUGCUGAGCAGGCUACCAAUGCUUGGUUCGGCGAACUUGCAGAGAAGGGAGUUGGACAAAAUCUUAAGCUUACAGAAGACUUGUUCAGCAGAGGAGUCGGGCACUAUACACAGUAUAGUAGUGACACUUUCGUUUUACGUGAUCCGCAUGGCCCUGCAGCGAGGGAAGGGGAUGAGGUACGCGGGCAGUUCCGAGGUUUUCAAGUAGGACCAGGGCAAGCGAAAUCUGGAGUUCUGCUCUCACGUCCGCAUGGGAACAAGAACCAUCUGAUGGUCUACGCUCGCUUUUACGGAAUUCGAAGUUCGGUUGCAUUGGGACAGGCCAAGGAUGGAGCUGGUGGAAAUGCCCCGAAAGCUGCUAAGAUGAAGACGAUGGCAUACGAUUGCGAAGUUGAAAAGACUGCAAUGAAUAACGCGAAACAAUGUGUAUUCAAGCACUCGCAACCUAACCAAAGGAAAGGAUUGGGAGAGAAUAUAUUUAUGUCUUCGGAUAGCGGUAUGGACAAAGCAAAGGCUGCUGAGCAGGCUAGCAAAGCUUGGUUCGGCGAACUUGCAGAAAAAGGAGUUGGACAGAAUCUUAAGCUUACAGGAGGCUUGUUCAGCAGAGGAGUCGGACACUAUACACAGAUGGUAUGGCAAGAAACCGUUAAGCUUGGAUGUUAUGUGGAAGCGUGCUCAAAUAUGUGUUAUGUGGUGUGCCAGUACGGUCCUGCGUAUCUUCUGCCCAGGCCUGGUAAAAGACCAUUGGUAAAGGUUAAAGAAAAGGCCAUUGGUAAAAGUUUCGGCUGGAGCUACACAAACGACUAUGGUUCGAUACCGCCCUGUAGAAAUCCACAAGCUUUUCCUGGAAGUUGCGGAAACAACGUCUGUGAACAUCACAUCAGUGGAAAUAAUGUGAUUGCACAGGUGCUGAAUUUGUGCUGCUAUGGUGCUGCUGCCAACAAUUCAGGUGACAUUUUUGAAGCGCCAUGCGACUUCGCAAUCGCCUCUCAUACAGGCGUACACACUCGUUCUCGUACCGGCACAUGCAUUCACUCACUCACUCACUCACUCACUCACUCACACACAAUCAGCUUAGACGACGAAAAACGUCUUUUCACAAACUGUACGCGCGCACGUUUUACGAUCCAGACAUUUUUGUUCCACGAUUCGUGA